UCGCCAGCGCUCGGGUCCGCCUCUGACUGCGGCGCGGCGGGGCGAUGUGUGAUUACCAUGGCGAGGAGUCUCUGUCCGGGGGCCUGGCUAAGGAAACCCUGUUACCUCCAGGCUCGCUUCUCAUAUGUGCGAAUGAAAUAUCUUUUCUUUUCCUGGUUGGUGGUUUUUGUUGGAAGCUGGAUUAUAUAUGUGCAAUACUCUACCUAUACAGAACUAUGCAGAGGAAAGGACUGUAAGAAAAUAAUAUGUGACAAGUACAAGACUGGAGUUAUUGAUGGGCCCGCAUGUAAUAGCCUUUGUGUUACAGAAACUCUUUACUUUGGAAAAUGCUUAUCGACCAAGCCCAACAAUCAGAUGUAUUUAGGGAUUUGGGAUAAUCUACCAGGUGUUGUGAAAUGUCAAAUGGAACAAGCACUUCAUCUUGAUUUUGGAACUGAAUUGGAACCAAGAAAAGAAAUAGUGCUAUUUGAUAAGCCAACUAGGGGAACUACUGUACAGAAAUUCAAAGAAAUGGUCUACAGUCUCUUUAAAGCAAAGUUGGGUGACCAAGGCAACCUCUCUGAACUGGUUAAUCUCAUCUUGACAGUGGCUGAUGGAGACAAAGAUGGCCAGGUUUCCUUGGGAGAAGCAAAGUCAGCAUGGGCACUUCUUCAAUUAAAUGAAUUUCUUCUCAUGGUAAUACUUCAAGAUAAAGAACAUACCCCCAAAUUAAUGGGAUUCUGUGGUGAUCUCUAUGUGAUGGAAAGUGUUGAAUAUACCUCUCUUUAUGGAAUAAGCCUUCCGUGGGUCAUUGAACUUUUUAUUCCAUCUGGGUUCAGAAGAAGCAUGGAUCAGUUGUUCACACCAUCAUGGCCUAGAAAGGCUAAAAUAGCCAUAGGACUUCUAGAAUUUGUGGAAGAUGUUUUCCAUGGCCCCUAUGGAAACUUCCUCAUGUGCGAUACUAGUGCCAAAAACCUAGGAUAUAACGAUAAGUAUGAUCUGAAAAUGGUGGACAUGAGAAAAAUUGUGCCAGAGACAAACCUGAAAGAACUUAUAAAGGAUCGUCACUGUGAGUCUGAUUUGGACUGUGUCUAUGGCACAGAUUGUCGAACUAGCUGUGAUCAGAGUACAAUGAAGUGUACCUCAGAAGUGAUACAACCAAACUUGGCAAAAGCCUGUCAGUUACUCAAAGACUACCUGUUGCGUGGUGCUCCAGUUGAAAUUCGUGAAGAAUUAGAAAAGCAGCUGUAUUCCUGUAUUGCUCUCAAAGUCACAGCAAAUCAAAUGGAAAUGGAACAUUCUUUGAUACUAAAUAACCUAAAAACAUUACUGUGGAAGAAAAUUUCCUACACAAAUGACUCUUAGUUCAUUUGGACAUUGUGACCAUUUUAAGAAAUUCAGCACUUCAAAAGAAAAAUCUUGAACAUUUUUUCUAAAUGGCUUGAUUCAAAUCCUUGCCAGUUAUCACAAAACUCCUUUCCCCUGAUGCUAAGGAAGCCAUCAUCUUAAAAUACAUGUUGAUUGCUGAAGUAAUGGCAGGAGGUAUAGGAUCAAAAGGUCCAAAAAUAUUCAUUCCUGCCUUUUAGAAACGCUGGUACAUUUCCUAGUACAUUCACUGUGUAACUAUUUUGACUAAUGACUUAAAAUAAUGCUGUGAAAAGCCUCAUUCCAUAAACAUCAACGGUCAGAGUAUUUUGUAGAUUUGUUAGCCAAAAUAUCAGUGCUGGAAAUUGUUUGCAUUGAAGCUGCUGUUUAAAAAAGAAAAUUUAUAAAUUUACUAAUGUCUCAGCAUGGUAAAGUUUGCACAUUAACAGAAAUUAAGACUGCAAAGCAGGUAAAUUAAAAUUACUCCUUUAUCAACAGAUGUUGGGUUAAUAGCAUGGUUUCUUAUAAAUACAUUUAACUCAUUUAGACAUCGUAUUUUAUGUGGCUUCAGAAAGUUUUGAGUGGCUCUUACCCACUGAAAACCCAUCAGGAAGCAUUCUACUUGGCAAUAUAUAAUUGCCAAUUUUUGGGGCUGAAUAUGGAUGAGUUCAUCAUCCUAGAUUUAAAGGGUCUGUAUCAUCUUAGUAUCAGCCAGCCAACUGGUCUUCAAAACUCGUUAUCUUUAGGCCACAGACCUAACACAGAUACACAUAUCCUGAAUCUGAGCUAUGGGAAAGUGGGACAUUAAGAGCAAGCCUCUGAAAUCAUAAACUUCCUAUUAAUAAUUUUCCAUUUUCAAACAGUAUUCCCUAUUGGCCAAAGGACUGUUUCUCAAGAGGCAUGUAAAUAUAUCCAUCUAACAAACACUUUCUCAUGUAAACUUGAUAUACAAGGGUUAGUAUUUGCUCCUCUCUUUUGUGUUUAUUCAGAUCUGGCCUUUCAACUCCAUAAAACGAAACACCUCUUAUAAUUAAAGAACCAGUAUUUUCUGCUCAAAGGUUUCACCUGGAUAAAUAUGUGUUAAAAUUAUAUGACCUUCAUUGGACAGCUAUCUAUCUCUCAAGAACUAAAGCCAUGGAGUAGCAUCAGUUUCACUUACUUUAAAACUGUAAACUUUGAAGGUACUUUUUCUUCCAACUCAUCAUGUGGUUACAAUAAAUGAAUGUAAGACAUAUUUCUA